GAAAAAAAAGAGAUCAACAAUUAUGGUACCGAGUACAAAUUGAGAACAAAUUGAGUACAAAUUGAGAACGGCAAGACGAACCCCCUUUCGUUUUUGUUGGAAGAACGCAGAGUAAAACCGAAAAUCAAAUUAUUUAGAAAAUCGCGUUUGUCUGUAGCCAAACAUGUAUCAUCCAACUCGAGGUGGCGUCCGUGGCGGUCGAGAUCAGUUCACUUGGGAUGAUGUAAAAGCUGAUAAACACAGGGAGAAUUAUAUAGGUCAUAGUCUCAAGGCUCCUGUUGGUAGAUGGCAGAAAGGGAAAGACCUUUUUUGGUAUACCCGGGAUAAAAAGUCCCAAAAUGAAGAAAUGGAGGCUGCAAAAGAAGAGAUAAAAAGAAUUAAGGAAGAGGAGGAGCAGGCAAUGAGGGAAGCUCUCGGCUUGGCUCCUAAGCGUGCUAGUCGUCCUCAAGGUAACCGUCUUGAUAAACAUGAAUUUUCAGAACUAGUAAAGAGAGGGUCUACAGCAGAAGACUUAGGUGAAGGUCACGCUGAAGCAGCAAGGGUUCAAGGUGUUGGUUUUGCAAGAGAACUCCGCCCUUGGGAAGAACCUGGUUCCUCAAAGGUCUCACAUACACCAGCUGAGGUAGAAAAUGUACCUAUGCCUAUUCAAUCACCAAGAAAGACUGAAGAUCAAUCUGAGGAUGAAAGUAGAAAAAAGAGAAGACGGGAAGAAAGGAAGGAAGAGAAACGUGAAAAGCGGCAUUCCCGUGAGGAAAGAAAGCAAGAGAAGCGUGAGAAGAGGCAUUCUCGUGAUUCAGAUGACAAGAAGAGACACAAGAAAGACAAAGAGAGGAGGAGGCAUGAUUCAGAUUGAAUACACACUCCUCUUGGGUUUGCUCAUCAUCCAAUGUGAAAUGGAAUGACAUUUUUAUGGUAGUUUCAUGACUUAUUUUCAGUAUAAAUGAUAUUCCAGAAGCCUGUAUUUACGGUUAUCACUUAUCUGGAUGUUGGAACUACCAUUUUGGCAUUAUUAUGUGGUGUUUCAAGUUGGAAAUUGAUAUUGAAAUGAUGCCAAGCUCAUGAAGUAUCCUGAUGUGUAAAAGAAUUGAACUGUUGAAUGUUUCCUUUUUUAUCUUCUCUUUGAACCUUAUUAACAUGUAAUUUUAAACUCCAAUUUUCAAUUAUGAAACAAAGAUAUAUCAAAAAAUUUAGCCUUUA